GUGAACCCGACUACUCGGCUAGGGACGAUCGGGAGAAGGAUUAUCCGUGACACCGUGAUGGAGGAGGUUGCUGGAAGCUCCUUACCCCAGGCAGAGCCUGAGGCCAGGGAACCAGAGAAAGUCUAUGGGAAGCCUAGGGAAGAGGAGCCUGCGGACAAGGUUACCGCUGCUAAGAAGAAGUUUCGGUAUCAAAUCCCGAUCUUAACCUUGCCUGAGAUCGACGACACCCUUAGCAAGUUACUAGGAACCAUGGUAUCGAUGUCAUUUCAGACCAUGCUGCAGGCUAGCCCUAGGUUGCUCAAAGGGCUUAGACAACUGUUGAAUCGGCGGCGAGUAGAAAUAGACAACCCCCAAUUACCAGAAGAAGAAAGGGAGGAGGAAGCUCCGCAAGAGGUUGCUAACCUUCAAAGGAGUCACGGGGAUCUGGAGGACCUUGAGAAAGCCUUUGCAGACAUCCGUUUGAGCUUGCCAGACCGAGAAGGUGGCGAAGUCAUGAGGGCACCUCCUGGGACAAAGUUCAGUUUCCAUGCGCUACCCGUAGGAAAAUUAAAGAUUCAGAUCGGGACUCAUCAUACCGACGCAUUAGUAGACGGGGGAGCAGAAGUCACUCUCAUAAGGAGAGAUUUCGCAACAAUCACAGACUGUACGGUAAAUAAGGAAGUAACGGGGAGCAUCCGGGGAGCCGGUGGGGAAAUUUCGUUCGCAGGGUAUGUCACGAAAUGUGCAAUCGAGGCAAGAAUCAGAGAGUCAAUCUGGUCGUUUCAACGGAUGACCGUAAUGGAGGAAAUGGAUCACGACGUUAUCCUUGGGAGGCCCUGGUGCGCAAACGUAGAAAUGAUAGGCAUGCAUUUGCACGAUGGCACGCACAUGGUAGAUAUAGAGGACCCGGUGGCCGGUCGGGGUGAGCUCCUCCGACUCCUUGGGACGGGAGGAGACCCUCCGAAGGGGAAGUUGGCAACGUGGUCUCCGUCGAUAGAAGAUAGCGCACGAAAAGGGGCUUUCGCGCGGAUGGAGGGCAUGAGAGAAAGGGUAGAAAUUAUGAUUGAGGAGGCAUUCAACAAGAAGGAAUGGAUCAAGAUGGGCCUGCCCCAGAAGAAGAGGAGGCAGGAGGACGAAGUCUUAAGUGUUAUGGUAGCAGAAAAGGAGUCAGAAGUCGAACUCGGUGCCAGCCUGCCCAAACGGAAAAAAGUACACAUGGACGUGCCGGAAGUCACGCUAGAGAUUCCGGAUUUACAGCUCGUCAAGGCCCUCAGAUACCACAAGAUGCAGGUGACCCCUAUGGGCUUCACGAACGUGGUAGCCGAAGCACAAAGGAGAAUGCUCGCCGUAGUCGGAGACGUGUUUCCCAAAAAGUGUAAACACUAUAUCGAUGACAACCCGAUCAAAGGCGCUCAAGAGACGGACGAGACUGAAGUCCAGCCAGGGAUUCGAAGAUUCGUAUGGGACCAUCUGCAAGACAUUAAGGAUUUACUCCGCCGGUUCCUAGUAUACAACAUCACGGCUAGCGGACCAAAGAGUAUUCUAGCAGUACCGGAAGUAACUAUACUAGGAUUUCGUUGCGGGGCUUACGGUAGGAAACCAGACCCGGCAAAGACAGACAAGAUAUCCCAGUGGCCAACACCCCUGCGCACGACAACGGAGGCCUACCUAUUUGGGAGGCGAUUCAUCCUAAGGAUCGAUCCGACGAAUGUCGCGGGGGCCUUAAGGAACUACAGGCCUAUAGAUCCGACGGUGGGAAGAUGGGUAGGAUUUACCUGGCAGUUCGAUUACAAGAUCGAACGAAUUGCUAGAAUCAGGAACACGGUGGAUGGGCUAAGUCGGGUCUGCAUCACUCAUGAAGGUAUGGAGGAUGCGGAGCCCAUAGACGCGUUCCUCGAAUUCGAGGGAGAAACUCUUGCGGUGGACAGCGAAAUGAUGGGAGAAGAAUGCGCAUCGGGAGAAUUGUUGAUCCGCACUUUGGAGAAGAGGGCACAUGUUGUAGUAGCAAAACUUAGAGAAGGGUCAGUCACCACUCGAGGUUGUAAAGAGGGAGCGAUAGUAGAACCAAAGGAGGAGCUAAUAGCAAUGGCGGUUGAGGGAGGCCGGGAAGCCGUGAUGAGCUUAGUGGAAUCUUGGGAAAGGAAAGAGUUGCAAUGGAUGGUAAACCAGAUGCAGAAGAGAAAGGAUGAGGACCACGAAAGGAAGGAGUUUUUCUAUGCCCAGAUAUACGAAGGGAUCUUUCGGGAGAUCGGGUUGUUGCUGGUAGGAAACAAGCAACCCAUAGAAGUCAGCGCUAAAGCAAGGGAGGAGGCCGAAAGGUACGUCCUAAGGGGCGACCAUCUGUUCCGAAGAGAAGAAGGUGCUAUGCCUAGAAGAGUUGUGUGCGGAAGAUCUAGGCAGUUGGACGUUAUCCAAGCAAUGCACGACGGAUUAGCAGGAGGGCAUCGGUCGUCCAAAGGAACUCUUGCAAAAAUAGCGUCACUCUAUUAUUGGCUAGGCAUGGCAGGCAUGGUCGUCAUAUACUGCCAGACAUGCCUUAUCUGCCAGGAACAAAGCUCGGCACGUGUCUUUGAGCCGCUUAGACCUACGCGGGUGCUAGGGCCGGGACAUCUCGUCCACCUUGACCUUGCGGUCAUGCCUGUGUUAACAGAUGGGUACAGAUAUAUUCUAGAUGCGCGAGACAACUUGAGCGGGUUCGUGGAUGCGCGAGACAACUUGAGUGGGUUCGUGGAGGCAGUCGCCCUGAAGAGAAAGACAGGGAGAAGUGUAGCAAACUGGAUAGAAGACUUCUACUCGAGGCACCCUUUCGCCAGAAGAUUUAUAGCAGACAAUGAGACAAAAUUUGUAAACCAAGAAGUAUUGGGAAUGCUUAAGAGACUUUGCGUACCGAUCAAACUCAUCGACCCAUAUCACCCAGAGGCCAAUGCACCUGUGGAAAGAGGGCACCGAACCUUAAAGAACACGAUUGUGAAGCUCGUAGCGGACCAUCUGGGAAGCUGGCCUAGGUAUCUCAAGCAGGCUGUCUUCUCUGAGAACAUGACACCUAAGAGGACAACGGGAUGUAUCCCAACAGAACUUUGGUACGGAAGAAAGAUCGACUUUCCUGUAGAAGCCUUGAUACCUACCUGGAACAGGUUAGAGGACGAUCUGCGAACGACCAAGGAGGAGUUAAUGGCAAGGUGUCAACAGGUCCUUAAGAACGAAGAGGUCAUGGAAGACAUCGCCAACCAGGUACUAGACAGCGGGAUGAGGGACAAAGCAAGGUGGGACCAGUUAUGGGAGAAAAGGCUCAGGCCCCUGACGAGGAAGGGGCCAACAGGGGCGAACGGCAUGAGACUUGGCACGGGGAAAGCGAGGGGGGACAGGACAUGCACGACGAGCAUCAGGAUGGGGAGAAAAAAAGAGAAAGCCCGCUUGAAGGACGAAAGUGGCCAUGGCAGUUGUGAGGGGUAUGAGACAAGGACAAAGAUUCCUUGUACCUGCGAUCCACAGAACCUAACGGGAAGGUAUAGCCCCAUACAGACAGAGGACGAGGAGGAUGAGGAGGAGGAUGUACAAGAGAUCAUAGAGAUCAACAGCGGGGAUGAGAGGGAUGAAAUCUCCAGGCCUAGGGAAGAGAAGCGGCCUCCGAUGCUUCAGGCGCGCGAUGAGGCCUUCAGAUGGGAGGAUGAGUUUGGGCCAACACCCAGUCAUUGGUUUCAGCUAUGGACCAAUGUGAUCAAGCACGAGUGGAUUAUCAAGACCCGAGAACUCGCAAAGGCAGGGGUGGAAGCCACACCGUUGGACUUUUUCAGUGAGGCGGAACUACAGGAAAUUGCGCGGAAAAGGAGAGAGAUCGAGACCUUCGACGUGGGGGUUAGAAAGCCUGCCGAGGAACAGGGAAGGCAAGGGGUCGGGCAAGUCGAGGCUCAAGGCAGCGAUAGGAACUAGAUGUCAAUUAAGCACUGAACAGGAUUUUCGUUUUUCCUCUUUUUGCAAGACAUGGGAGCGACGAGAGCGUGUAUAGUAUGAGUAAGCUUGCUAAGGACGAGUGAUGAGAGGGUCAGCUAAAACUAUGUCACGAUAAGUUAGAAGAUAACAUUUUGAGGCUACUUUCUGGAUGAGCUACCUUCGAAAAAAGGUACAUAAGAGAAUGGCAUGGGGCAUGGGAUGAGACCAGUUGGGAAGGAUGUAUUGUGAAUCUUGGACGGGAUGAGGAUUGUGCUUUUGAAAAAAAGAAACUUUGAGUAAAGAUUGACGAGCAAG